CGCUCACCCUCACUAACAUACUCUGAACCACCAAUUGCCUCCGCACCUGGGCCACGCGCCACCGCCCUCCAAAAGCUCUUCAGCGAUGCCGUAGCGCACAUUAUCAAGACCUGCUCCUAUGCCAACUUUGCCGCCUGCUUUCCGACGCCCAGUCGCGAAGUACCUGGCAGCAUGAAGCUGCUACAUGCACAAUUCACAGAGAAGCUGGGACAGCAGUUACGGCAGAACUUUGAGCACACUUUGGGCGUGAGGGGCGUGGUGCGAAGUCUGAAUGCAUUGGAUGGCAUGGUCGAGGAUGCUAGAAGACGGAGGGACGGGGCUGUGGGGGGUGUGCCUGUUCCACCUCAUACGCUGGCCCCACAGACCUUGUACCUCGCACACCUAGCCCCCCAGCUGGCCAUCUACUCACAAGACAUAAGGAGCCAGCAACAGCAGGUCCAAGCGGAGAACUUCGAGCUACUGGCGCGGGUGCAGUGGCAGCGGAAAGACAUCUCGGCACUCAUGGCGGGCCUAGAAGCCGCUGUUGCAGACCUGGAUAAUAGCGUCGCUGCUCUUGGU